CAGUCUAGGCAAGUUAGAGCCAAUGUAAAGUCUCAUUGAGCUGUUUGCCUUCUCAGGAGUACGGUGUGCUGUACUUCCAUGCUUCUUGGCCAGCUUCAUUCCUUACACUGACUACUCUUGGAACUUAACAGCAGCAGCAGCCCGCAUAAAAACCAUGGCACAGUCUCUUGGAUUAAAUAGCGCUUUCUUUAUCAUACUUUUAUUUACCAGCAUCCCUUGUACCAUGCAAACCAAACAGGUUGUAUUGCUGGAUUUUGAACUGGCCCAAGGACAACUUGGCUGGCUAACCAGUCCAUAUGGUAAAGGGUGGGAUCUCCAACAGCACAUGAUGAAUGAGUCUCCGAUAUACAUGUACUCUGUCUGCAAUGUCUUGGAAGGGGAUCAAGAUAACUGGCUGCGCACAAACUGGAUCUAUCGUGGAGAGGCAAAGCGUGUCUUUGUAGAACUUAAAUUCACUGUGAGGGACUGUAAUAGUUUUCCAGGUGGGGCUACUUCCUGUAAGGAGACAUUCAAUCUCUACUAUGCAGAGUCAGAUUUUGAUUAUGGCACCAAUUUUCAAAAACGUCAGUUUAAAAAAAUUGCGACUAUUGCACCUGAUGAGAUAACACUACAGAGUGAUUUUGAAACACGGAAUGUCAAGAUAAAUGUUGAGACUCGGUCUAUUAACCUGCUGACCAAGAAAGGCUUUUACUUGGCUUUUCAGGAUAUUGGUGCCUGUGUAGCUCUCAUAUCAGUGCGUAUAUAUUACAAGAAAUGUCCAUCGGUUGUUCGGGAAUUGGCUCGAUUUCCAGAAACUAUAACUGGGAAGGACAGUCAAGCUUUGGACAAAGUACAUGGGUCCUGUGUGGAGAAUGCAAUUGGCACUGUGUCUCCUACGAUAUACUGUAAUGCAGAAGGAGAGUGGUUGGUGCCAAUCAGUGACUGUAUGUGCCGAGCUGGUUAUGAAAUGGUGAAUGAUAGUUGCCAAGCUUGCAAACCUGGAUUCUUCAAGUCAGAUGUCACGAAGUCACCCUGCCUAAGGUGCCCCAAUCACACCUUGCCUUCGUAUAAAGGUGCUGCAUCAUGUCCAUGUCAGAAUGGCUACUACAGAGCGACUACAGACUCCGUUAAUCUGCCAUGUACACGUCCUCCUUCUGCACCUGUUGACCUUGCUGCAGUUGGCAAGGGUGGUAGGGUCCAACUGUCAUGGUCCUCACCUGAAGAUACUGGUGAACGAACUGAUGUCAGCUACAUGGUGACUUGUGAACAAUGCCCAAUGGAAGAGGCUAGCUGCAGGCCAUGUGAUUUAAGUGUUCGGUAUUCUGAAGACCCGACUAGUGUCAGGGGCACGUCUAUAACAGUCACAGAUCUAGAGGCUCACACAAACUAUACCUUCACUGUGGAAGCCAGAAAUGGAGUGUCUGAAUUCAGUCCUGACAGAAAUAUUGCUACUGUAGGCAUACGUGUCAACCACACAGAACCUCCUAAAGUUACAUCUAUUUCUGUUGAGGGUAAAAGUGAAAACAGUCUGACUUUAAUCUGGCACAUCACCCAGCGACAGUCGCAUAGAGUUUCUCAGUAUGAAGUAAUAUACCGCAAAAAGGAGGAUGACAGCAGCUACACAGUCUUGCGCAGUGAACAUAACUCUGUGACUGUUCCAAAUCUUUCUCCAGGAACUAUGUAUUUGUUUAGAGUGCAAGCACUAACUGCAGAGGGUCCUGGGGGUUACAGUAAUGAACAUGAGUUUCGAACUGAUGAUGCUGCACACACUGGUGGCUUGAAUACAUCUGCUGUUAUUGGAGGGGUGGUGACAAGCAUCUUACUCCUACUUGUAGUUGGCUGCGCUGUGCUGUAUCUUCGGCACAGGAGAAGUGGUCCCCAUGCAAGGCAUGAUGCUGAAGACAUUUACUUCUCCAAAUCUGAUCAGUUGAAGCCUCUGAAGACCUAUGUAGAUCCUCAUACAUAUGAAGACCCUAAUCAAGCAAUGUUGAAGUUCACCACUGAGAUAAAUCCUUCCUAUGUCACCAAGCAAAAGGUUAUUGGAGCUGGAGAAUUUGGAGAGGUAUACAAAGGAAUUCUUAAAUACCCUGCAAAGAAGGAUGUUACAGUGGCCAUUAAAACCCUGAAGGCAGGCUACACCGAGAAGCAGCGCAUUGACUUCUUAAGCGAGGCAAGCAUUAUGGGUCAGUUUAGCCAUCCCAACAUCAUUCACCUUGAAGGAGUGGUUUCUAAGCAUAAACCACUGAUGAUAAUAACGGAGUUCAUGGAAAAUGGUGCACUGGACAAAUAUUUAAGGGAUCAUGAUGGUGAGUUUAGUGCCCUUCAGCUCGUUCGCAUGCUGCGGGGGAUUGCUGCUGGCAUGAAACACCUCUCCGAUAUGAACUAUGUGCACCGGGACCUUGCAGCCCGUAACAUCCUAGUUAAUAGUCAACUAGUGUGCAAAGUCUCCGACUUUGGACUUUCAAGAGUCUUGGAAGAUGACCUAGAGGGGACGUAUACCACUAGUGGUGGCAAGAUCCCAAUACGUUGGACAGCCCCAGAAGCUAUCUCCUAUAGGAAGUUCACAUCUGCCAGUGAUAUCUGGAGUUAUGGAAUAGUGAUGUGGGAAGUAAUGGCUAAUGGUGAGAGACCUUAUUGGGACAUGACAAAUCAGGAGGUAAUGAAAGCAAUAAAUGAAGGUUUCCGACUUCCAGCUCCCAUGGAUUGUCCAUCUGCAAUCUUCCAGCUUAUGCAGCGCUGCUGGCAACAGGAAAGAAUGAACAGACCCAAAUUUGCUGACAUUGUUAGCAUCAUUGAUAAGCUAAUCAGUAGUCCUGAGUCACUAAAGCCAAUUGCUGAUGUUGACCCACGGGUUUCCAUCCGGCUACCUAGCACUAGUGGUGUAGAUGGCAUGCCAUUUCGAUCCGUGCCUGAAUGGCUUGAGUCUAUCAAGAUGAGUCAGUACACUGAGAACUUCAUGUCCGCUGGCUACACUGCAGUUGAAAAAGUGCUACAGAUGACAACAGAAGAUAUAAAAAAUGUUGGUGUACGUCUUCCAGGACAUCAGAAAAGAAUAGCGUAUAGCAUUCUGGGACUGAAAGAACAAGCAUGCUCCAUGGGUGUGUACACAGUGUAAGUGGGACAGUAGUGUUUGUACUUGGGGCAAAAGACAAUGUGUCUGGUGACAAUCUGAAAAUACUUGAACAAGACUUAAAUCUUCAAGGCUGCUGUUAGCCGGAAAAAGGAAGAUAAAAGUCUGCUCCUACAUGGCUGGAUGCAAAGACCAGUGGACAAGGAAGUGCCUCCUGCUUCUUGUGACUAGGCAGAGAUUAAAGAAGGUAGUUAAGAAACUGAUACAGAAGAAGUGAAGUGACAUGUAUCUUCAAGACAGAAGCAACAGCAGCACUGCCUUAUGGGACUUGUGAAUAUUGUACUUUUAUAAAGAUAACUAUAAGAUAUUAUAUAUUUAUAUAUUUGAAUAUUUUUUCAAAAGCACAUUUAAGACAAAGACUGCAAAAUUAUUUUAUACUUUUUUCCUCACCUACAGUGUGGUUACUGCAAAAUUAGCCAUUCUUUAGUAGACUGAAUGCUACGUGUGAUUGUACUGCAUGUAUACGAGUGGAACGGGGACUGGAGAAUCCGUUCUGAGAAUUCAGUGGUACCACCUGUCCUCACAGUUAUUUGGACAUAUUUGUUACAUGUUUCAACACAAAGUGAAAGAGAGGUUGUUAUCAGUAUAAGGCACUAAAUGUCCCUUGUGAAGUGCAAGUAAGAAGACUGAAUGAUGGUAAUAAUGGUGUCCAUUAAUGGACUGUGGCAUGUUCCAGAAGCCAUUGUGCCACAUCAGGGCAUUCCCAGUUGUAUAACCAUAUUCCUUACCUGUGAGUCGCAUCUUAUUAAAGAAAAUAAUGUAUUUGCUUUUCUUGAUCUCCAAUCAUGUUCUGUAAUUAGCUAUUCAGAAUGUGAUUUGCAUUUUAAGAGUUGUUAAUGGGCCAGUCCGUAUAAUGUUGCUUAACAGCCGCUAAAAAUGUUUUCUGUAUGUCUUUGUUAUUUAUUCCAAAUUCAGUCACUUCUUAAUAUUGGUAAUAGAGUGCUUGAGCAGUGUUAUGGUUGAUUUUAUGUAAUUUAUUUAUUUUUUAAUUUAUUGAGCAGUGACACUACAUUUGUGUGGGUGUAAUAUAAUUUAUGCAGCCUCAUGUUUAUCUUUGCAAUUAAAAUUGACAUCAGUUUCUAUUACUGAUACUUUGCAUCCUGUGAAUAGGAUUUUGAAGAUAAGAAUGGCAUUAAAUAAAGUCCUAAAUCCUA